CAUGCAGGUGCAGGUGCCUGAGCUCUGUAAGGCAUGGGGGGCGGUGGGGGUGGCAGGUUUUAACUUUGGGAAUUACAUUUCUCUAAUUGUCUCUACUAGCCCUCUCUGGACUAGACAGAUUUUGGAGAGAAUUGCCACAGAAUUUAACCAGUUACAGUUUCAUGCUGUUCAGAGCAAAGGCAUGCCUCUUCGGGACAAAGUAAGACCAGCAAGUGUUGGUUUCGAUUUUCAAUUUGCUGUUUGCGAAUUUCCUGGAUGAUUUUGGUUUGACCUAGCAUUGUCCCUGAUAGUUGCUACUCUACAGGAUUUUGAAGCUAGCUUUGAAUUUUUUUUUUUUUUCAGUGUCUCCUGCUUGGGACCCUGCUUUCAUUAUGUCACACUAGAUAGAUUUUGUGUAAAGACACAAGCAUAGUCUCCAAACUAUGCAAGUAAAAUUAAUUCUGAAUUUCAUGUAACUUGACACAUCAUAUGAUGUAGUCAGAGUUCAUUUAUCCAAAGCCCUUGACUGGGAUUAAAUGCACGUUUGUCAGAUUUACUCCGUAGCUUAAGAGGCAAAUAACUUUUUGUCGUUCAGUAAUUAUCUGAACUUCACUUUGAUGAAGCCGACUUACUUUCAAAGAAAUCAUAGGGAGGGGACGCCUCAGUGGCUCAGUCAGUUAAGCCACUGCCUCUGGCUUAGGUCAUGAUCCCAGGGUCCUGGGAUUGAGUCCCACCUUGGGCUCCUUGCUUGGCAGGAAGCCUGCUUCUCUUUCUGCCUGUGCCUACUUGUGUGCUUGUGCUCUCUCUCGACAAAUAAAUAAAUAAAAACCUUUAAAAAAAAAAAGAAAGAAAGAAAGCAAUCAUGGGGAGAAGAGAUUCAUUGUUUUUCUCUAGGAAAUGUUGGGAUUUUAAUCUUACAUAUAUUCUGGUAGAAUUAGAGGCUCGAUUUAUAUAUAUAACACAUAUGUAUAUAAAUUAUACACAUAUAUUGGAGCUUUUAGAAACUGUUGUGCCUGGACCUUCUUUCCUGGUCUCUCUGUUCUUGCAGCGUAUAGCCCACAUUACGGCCAUGCUGCAGCAGUCCCUGGGAGGCCUGUUGCUAGAAGGGCUUCAGACUUCCAAUGUGGACAUCAUACGGCACUGCCUCCGGACUUAAGCUACAUUUGACAAGACACGGGAUGCAGAGGCGUUCGUUGGUCAAGUACUGGUGAAACCGUACAUGGAUGAGGUGAUUGUAGAGCAGAUUGUUGAGUCUCAUCCGGACGGCCUGAAGAUCAUGUAUGCUAAUAAGCUCCUGGAGUUCGUUCCUCACCACUGCCGCCUUCUUCGAGAGGUCACAGGAGGAGCCAUCUCAAGGAAAACUCUUCUUCGUUAUGCCUUGCCAGUCAGAGUGACGGUUUCAUCCGCAACCUGGACCAGGUUCGGGAAUGUUCUACACAUAAAUGUGAGCAAAUGUCUUCUGUAUUGAGAGACAUGUACAUUCUGUAAAUGGACUCUAUUGAAAAACCAAUACAUAGGGUACAGUUAUGUCCUGACCCAGCUGGAAGGAGGCACUUCAUUUCCAUCUUUCAGAAAAUUGGUGUAACACAUUGAUUUUCAUAACAAAGAAAGCAGUUUUGUGUCUUCUACCAAAAGACUGUCAUAGUAAGCAAUAAAUUGCCUCUUUGGAGUGAACAAAUUAAUAAGAUAUUUUCUAAAUUUCAAAAUAACAAAGACAGAACGAUGUCUGUAAUGCUAAGUGCAUC